AAGCAAAUAAUGAUAAACAAGGAUUAACUAGCACAAGAAACAGAAGAUCAGAGCAGGAAGAUAUGAGAAAACAAGAAUCAAUAACAAUACUAUUAGCAAUGACCACACAAUUAAAAGAUUGCAUAGACCAAUUUCUGCAAACAGCAACCACAACUUUCACAGAAACUAUCAAGCAAACAAUCGACCAACAAUUUGAACAACAAAGACAAUGGAACGACUAUCAGUUCGAACUCAAACCAAAUAGAGAAUUCAAUAUCGAUGCAACGACAUCAAGGACAUCUUCAAACCACACCAGAAUGACAGAAAUAGGUACUAUAAAUGAAAAUAACAUCAACCAAGGUAAUAACCUAUUAGCUACAAUUCUCAAUAAUUUAAUUAGUAGAGCAAUUCAAUCAACCGAAGCACCACAAUUAACUGAAAGACAGGAAAGUGAGAAAAUAAAUAAACCCCACAAAAAUUCAAUCAAUUUAAGACAAAAAUUACUACAGCGAUAA